AUGGAGAACUAUUCCGUUGAAUUACCUUACGGCUCGCGCUUUGGGUUUCGUACCCCUCCACCGGAGUUUGCGCAGAACGCUGUUGAGCCCCUCUCGCCCAUACCAGGCCCUACAGCCCCGAAAGACGCGCCCUACCCCCCGCUCCCACUCUUCCAAUCUUCCUCAUUUAACAGUUCCCCCACCUCUAAUGCUAGAGCACUGUACAACCAUCCUACGAAUAUGUCCGCACCUGCGCAUACCUUUCCAUCCCCUCCGCUGUACUCGGCCGAGGCGAGUUCGAACCCUAUGCUAGCUUUUGCGGACAUCGCGCUUGCCUACACUCCUGCCAUCUUCUCAACUCCCCGCACGUCUACGCUCGCUACUGCCCCAAUCGCAUCGACCUCUACAUCCUACUCUCCUCCCACCUCGAGUCUUAUGCCUAUUUCGUCCCCCGUAAAUGUUCCUAAUGGCGCCCCGAACGGCGAAUCCUCCAACCAACUCUCCGAAGCUCCAUCCACGCCCUACAAGCCUGGGCCUUUACCGCCACUCGCUUACCCUCCUGUUUCGGUGGAUCGGAGCCCCAAACGGACCUCCAAACGGACGAGGAGGAAGAAAGCCGGGGACAACUCAGCACGCGACGAAGCUGCAGUGAGGGGAACCCCCAGGUCUACGCGCGGUGAUCGAGGGUAUGCACGCGGUCGACCUUCAAGUAAUAUUAGAUGGGUCAAUUCGAGCCCUGCCUCGGAGCAUCGUUUGGCACCUCUUCAGAGCUCCCCCGCGGCUCAGUAUUUCCACCCACCAGAGGCUGAACCGCCAAGUCCAUCACCAGCUUAUUCACCUUAUCCGUCUCGCCCUGCGACACCGGUGACGGCUCCUCAGGGCACGGAAGCUUUCGCUGGAUCUACAGUUAUUAAAGGCAACGGCGUCUUUGGAGUUUACCCGGAACUACACCCUGGGAGUAAGAUAGGGACUAGACGCGUGGAUGAGCCUACUCAGCCGAGCACUGAAUCUCAAGUUAACGCUCUUGGACAAGAAACUUGCAGGCCGGCUUCUGGUUCGGAAGUCGAGUCGGGGCUUCCGACUGGAGAGUUGAAUGGGCACCAGUCACUGGAGAAAAUUGAUAAUGUGUCCACCGAAAUUUCCAUCGAUACAGUCCCAUACUCUAUCCGCCUGGUUGGAGCUUCCGUAGAAGCGAAUUUUACUGCUGUCUCACAGCAGCUGGCCGGUGGGUCUGUGGAGCCCACGAUUGGGAUGACAGCGACCAAGGAGCUGGAUGCCCAACACGCACCUGCUGCCCUAGAAGCACUUGCAACUAGCAACGUUAACACAGUUUCCCUCCCGGGUAUGUUUACCUUAGUGGCCCACUUCUAUCUGGGCAUGUAAUGUUAAUAUAAGCUUCUCCGUAUCAGCACCAGAGACCCUACAGGAUAACAGUACCAUUCUUAGCAAGAGAGAGCAGUCGCCUGAGGAUGAUUUUAUGGGUGAGUGCAUGUCAGAGUGGUGUCGGAAUGGGACCAUUCCCCUUGGGUCUCUUGGCUUUCGCACCUUCUCGGUGUAUUUGCGCGCUGACAUUGUUUGAUACUCGGGGAUAGAUAUGGACGAGGUGGAGGGUGUGGCUCUGGUUUCGUGGGAGCGCGCGCCUGAUAUCCAAAAAGGAAACGAGCUAGAUAAAAUGGACAUCACGGAGGACACUGGAGGUAUGUUGUGCUCGGAUUGUCUGCGUUGGGCUCUUUACUAACCUCGGGGCUAUAGAGCCGGGUGAAAUAAUAAUUGACACAGAACCAACUGCUUCGCCCUCAGUUGCUCGGGAUAAAGGUGACCUAAUUCCCCCAGCAAUUGCGAGUGGCGGUGCUGGGGCCCAGAGCCUAGAGGCCGGUGUCGCAAUGGAAGGUCAGCCAGUGGAAUCGAACGAACGUAGUUUGGCACUUAUUGUUUCUGAAACUCUUGAAGAGCUGAACACUAUUCGAGAGGGAAGCAUAGACUAUGAGGUCGAGAACGCGGUUGGUUCUUUUUCCCAUCUUUUCAUCUUUCUUUCCUGCGAUCUUUCCUCGGAAUUUGACUAUUUGUGUAUCCUAACAAGAAGUUUACUAAUUUCUAGUGUCAGGCUGGCGACGAGCCUGUAUUCGGCGCUGGUGGCGCUGUAGAGGUCGGGAUUCCUCCAGAAGUGAUUAGUCCCGAAGAGCCAACUGCCGGAGUGAGCUUGCGAGUAUCCGAGUCAACCACCUCGGAUCCUGAGCGGGACAAACUGGAUGGUGCAGAGUACCAACAACUGCGGGUUCUAUCACCCACCGGGGAAUCCCCACGAGAGCCGGAAAACCCCAGCGACGAAAAGUGUGAAACUUGUCUUGGGCCGUAUCAGGAUGGACAUGGGUUCAGGUUUGAUCAGAUUGCUUGGAUAGGUUGCGACGGCUGUGGUACUUGGCAUCAUUCUCGCUGUGUUGGUCUUGAUAAUGAAAUGGUCAACAAAAUUGACAAGUUUUACUGCUCAAGAUGUGCCGAAGUACGCGGGCCUUCCACAAGUAAGUACACGACCAGACCUGUUAGAAGAUUUGAGUCAUCUCAUAGUAUGUGCAGUGAAGCGGAAGUCCAACCGGCCAACAACUGCGAUUGAUUAUAAUGCCUUGCACAAUGGAUCCUCCGCGCCGAUUAAGAAUCCAGUUGACGGAAAGCUACAUCCAUAUGUUGAGAUUAUUCGGAAUCGUACGUUCACUUUUGCCGACGAUAAGCUACCUCGCAUGCGCCCUGAACAGGUUACUGUCGAGUUCCUUGAGGACCUGCCUAACGGGUGGAAUCAACCUUUCAUUGUUCCGGCUGAAUCGAACCCUGCGCCGUGGGUUACACCCCCGAAGACGACCACCCUGGACUUGGUUGAGAAUGCUAUACCGCAAACCCCGAUUGAAGAGCAUUCGAGCCUCAUAGCCACUCCACCACCCCCACCUCUCGCCACCUGCGAUGACAGCGCGGCUGAUAGAUCGGCGACCCCCGGCCUCCUGUCCAAGGCCGAGAACCGAUUGCCAGAGAUGACAUUGGAUAAUGGGGACUUUGACCCUGCAGAGGUUGACCGUUUGAAGCAAACUCUUCGUGAGGGUGAAUACGAUGUUAAGCAACGGCGCCCGGGAGCCGACAACCUGGAUAUGAUCAUUCCACCUGGCUUGACAGUUCGCAGGGUUGGCGAGCUAAUUGGUGAAUCGGCUCGUGUUGAAAUGAUCAAUGUUCUUAGCCAAGCCACUGAGAAGGAUGACAAAUGGCAAAUGGAACAGCUCGUCAAUUAUUUCGAGAGCGACGUGAGGGACGUAAUCUAUAAUUGCAUAAGCUGUGAGGUUUCGAAUUCCGAAUUGGGCACCAUGAUCUCUAGGCCUCAAGUUGUGAGGUAGGUUAGAUGAGUUUGGGCUCUGAAUGACAUGUGCUAACACUGGUGACUAGGGAUUUGGAUUUGGCUGAUAAAGUUUGGCGUCCUGACCCAGCACCUCCAAUAGGCUCCGAAGCCAAGCCCCGCGUCGGCAAGUAUGUCCUUAUGUCUGUUGCAGACUCCUUCACGGAUUUCCACAUCGAUUUUGCUGGGUCCUCGGUGUUUUAUCACAUCUACGAGGGGGAGAAAGUUUUCCUUGUAAUACCGCCUACGGAGCAAAAUCUUGAGAUUUACGAGAAGUGGUCGAUGGACCCGAACAUGAACACGACCUUCUUCCCCACUCUGACUAGUGAUCCUUGCACCCUCGUCACUCUCAACAAAGGAGAUACUAUGUUUAUACCGUCUGGCUGGAUACACGCAGUCUACACCCCCAGAGAUAGCCUGGUCGUCGGCGGCAACUUCCUCACGCGAAACCAUUACGCGAUGCAGAUGAAGGUACAACGAAUCGAGGUUGUCACUGAUACUAAGUUGAGCCAGCGGUAUCCAAAGUAUACCACACUCAUGUGGCAUCUCGCAUAUAACUACAUGGUAAAGGAUCCAAUUUCCGACGAGGUUGACGAGGCCCUCGGGCGUGGGAGGAUUUUGAAGCGGACGAAACACCGGUCCCCCAAGACCGCCAGGACAUACACACAGCAAGAAUUGGAGGGACUUCCCGCUCUGUGCAAUUUUCUUUUGCGGACCGCGCUUGUUUCGUGUGGCACAAUCACUACCUCGUUGGUACCUCGUAGGCCAAAUUUGACGGGGAAGCAGAUAGAGGCGGUAAAGAAGGCUAUCCCUGCGCCGAUUAGCCAGGAGCCUGUGGAAUGGAUCAAGAGGUUUGGCCGCUGGUGUGUUUGGAAACGUGCCUGCCAGAGACUUGUUCCGAACGGUGAGAGGGUCCCAGAAUGGGCUUUGGAGAGCUGGUGGCCCGAAGACGGGCCGAAAAAAGGGCCUAGCCAGGCUGCCCUCCGGAGAGCUCAGAGAGCGCGCGAAGAGGAAGCGAGGAAAGCGGAGCCUCCUCGACGUCCAGGCCUCAGAGUUCGAGCCAUUCGUGCUGAAAGCACAGUUUCCUCCGAAUCUGAGGUGGGGCAGGGGGAAGGUGGGGCUUCCAAGCCGCGACCAAAAAAGAGGGCGAAUGGCCCUGAGGCUCCACCGGGCACAAGGAAGAGGGGUCGGCCGCCCAACAAGCCGCAGCCGCCACCAGCCUUUGAUGAUGGCGAUCACCUCUCCGUUGGCAAACGGAAGAUGACUAUGGUCGAGGGGGAGGAUGGUGAGGCGUUUACAUUGUCCGACGGCUGUACUUAUGUUCGCAAGCUAUCCAACCUGGGACCUCCGAGGGCUGGAUGCCAGAACUGCAGGCUGAAGAAGACCGGAUGCAAACACAAGUCCGAAAUUGCGCAAUUAUUGGCAAGAUUAGAGGCAAGCGAUAGAGCAGCAAAGGCUGCCCGAGGCGAGCGUGAAGGCCGGAGGGUCGAGCCGGUGCUUGCUCCGGCGCCCAUUGGGGAGGUUGACCGUAAGGAGAUGACCGAGGUACAGGUUGUCGUGCCAAAGCCGCCAAAGGAGAGAAAGACUCCCACGCCCAAGGCAAAACCUUCCACUCCGGCUCUAAAGCGGGCAUUACCUAGCGACGCAAACGAAUCUAUGGAAGAUGCAGAAGCGGCCUCACAGCCUCCUCUAAAGAAGAAGCGGGUAGUGGUGCAAGUGGAGCGGGAAGGAUCAUUCAAUCCCAGCACUCAGAGCAUGGCAGGCGGGCGCCCACCCGGAUUCCAAGGACGGAAGCCAUCCUGUGACAGGUGCAAGGAAUUGAAGGUAUGCUGGAAAUGAUCGUUCUAUCCGGAUUUUGCGCUAACCUCUAAAAAUAGGCGAGGUGCCCACAUGACACUUGGCACUUGGCAAUCGAGCGACAGACGACGAGAGCACAGAAGGCCGAUAAGCCAAAGAGCCAUAAGAAGGGCGGCGGGCGUCUCUCGCUCGGCAAGGCAACCAAAACUUCCUGGGAUGGAGCACGCCAACCCCCGGUCCAGAGGAGACAUUCGUCUGCCGGAAACACUUCUACCGCUGCGGAUGAGGAGACCUCCGAGCCAGAAGAGACAGAGCCAGUCCUUGAGGAGAUCAUCGUUGUUAGUAGCAAGCCGCCUUCAUCCCGUCUUCCUGUCCCGGAGGUCCGCAUUAUCAAGACCCCAACGAAGGCCGCCACCCCGCCAGCUGAGAAAGACUCCUUCGAGCUCGACCUGUCUAUCCUCGAGGAGCCAAUGUCAUAUAAACCCCGCGUGUCGCAUACCCCCGAAGACCCAUCGAUAAUGGCCCCCCCAUUAGAUGACCUAGAAGAACCCUCAAAGCCUACCGAUCCUCAAUCCCCCCCCCCUCCCAUCCCCCUCCCCUCCACCGACCACCACCUCACCAACCGCCGCCCCACUCACCAAUGUAUUCCCUACCCCAACAACUUCCUCCUCUUUCGUCGCUCCCGAAAUUCUAACCCCGGCCACGGAUCCUACCCCGGUCACGGAACCUGCCCCAUUCACGGAUCCUGCCCCAUUCACAGAUCCUAUACCAUCCACGGAUCCUACCCCAUUCACAGAUCCUACCCCAUCCACAAACGGCACCACUAUGGCCGCUACUACCACUACCUCUACAACCUCAAUCGGCAAGAAAGCAGACUACCCCCGCCUAACCCACCGCGCCCCAAAGCCAAAAGUCACAUACACAAAGACCACCAAAACUGUUAAGCGGAAGGAAGACGAAGACUGUAUCUCUCCACCAGCUACAACUAAGUUCGCGAAAUCGAUAUCUCCCGCGUUGGCCAGCGGUGGGCGGAGCGGCAGCGGUGGGUCCGGGAAGAGCGUGUCUCCGGUUCUCGCCGAGGAGGACUUGCAAGUUGAGGAGAUCAAGCGCAUGGCGGCGAAGGAGGAGUUUGGCUUGAGGGUUAGGAGAAGUUCUUAG